GGACAUUAAGGUUAUUUAUGAAGUUCAAAAUGGACACCAAGCUUUUAUUUGGAUCAAAUUAACACAAAAUUCAUCUUUUGCGUUACAUUUGGACACUCACCGAUGUGGUGGUGCUCUAAUCUUUAAUUACGGAGCACAACAAUCUUGGCCAGCCGACUUCAUUCUCACUUCCUGAUAAUAUAGGUAACAAUUUGAUAUAUGGGAAAUUCGAAUUCAGCUGCAAAAGAGUGCAAAAUGAAUUAACUCGUGUUUUCUGCUAUUAUCCCUAACGUUGACUAGAGCACCCAAAAGAUGAAUGUGGUUGCUUUCCUUUCUUCUAACAGGUGCAGCCAGGCAGAGGCAUUUUUCCCAAUUCCAAGAUAUUUUUUAGAUUUCAUUAGGAAUAAGUAGGGUUCCAACGUAUGGUUAUGCCAGACAAUACAACCUUUGGAACACUACUUGAAUCUCAUGCCAGCAUGCCACUCCUCUUUACCAAAGAUCCUGAAGUUAUUAUUGUAGCAUAAUGAAAGUAAAAAUGGCCAGCCGGACCGUCUCCGCGCUUCAGCGCUUCUCCACCUUCAAUCCUUCUCCGUUACUCUCUUCCUUCAUCGGAUAGUUGGCCCGACUGUGAACUAAUGAUGUUUGGACCGGUUAUGAUAUAAAUGGUUGAACUGCUGAGGUUUCUUUGUCAAGAUCCUUCCCUUGCCAUCCUUAAAAAACGAAGUCCUGAGUAUCCCGGUUCGAAAAGAUAGCAACUUUAAAGCGCUCACACUCGACUAUGGCUUCUCUGUCUAUCAACUUGUUCUCUUCGCUCCCCAGGCAACAGAGAGGAAGCGAUGUUUGCCCAUAUAUGAACACCUUACAACUUCAUAAUCUUGGGUCUUUGAGUAAAUGGAUCCUCACCGCGGCAUCUGAAAAAAGACUUAUAGGAACUUCUAGAGCUAAGAAAAAGGCUAGAGUAGGGACCUCAGAUGAAGAAUCUGUCUCAGCUGAGAAUGGAUUUGGUCCAACUGAAGGUGUCAAGAAAACAAGAACUCGAAAGAAGAAUAAAGUAUUGGAGACCUCGUCUACUGAAUCUCAUUCUGCUGAAAAUGGAAACGUUAAGGACGUGGACAUCCGAGUGAUUUCAGGAUCAAGUGACACCCCCAAGAAGUCAAGGAGAGCUACUACUCAAAAGAAAGCUACCACUUCUAGUAGAUUAGACAGUGUUACAACUGAGAAGAAGGUGACUGGAAGGAAGGGAAAUAAGAAGAUUUUGAAUGACUCUGACAAUGAGCGUGCACUAGAGUUGGAUAUAGAAGGAGGAGAGGAUAUUAGCUUCACUUAUGGGUGGCCACCUCUCGUUUGUAUCUUCGGUGCAGCACAUCAAGCAUUUGUGCCUUCGGCGAGGCGGGCUCAUAGACUAGUGGACCAUGAAGACCAUGAAAGGAGGAAAGAUGUCCUCUGGACACCUGAAAAAUUUAUGAGAGCCCCUGGAGGUAGUGCUAGUAAUGUUGCAGUUUCUCUUGCACGCUUAGGUGGAAAAGCUGCCUUCAUGGGAAAGCUCGGGGACGACGAUUUUGGAAUUUCAUUGCUCUAUUUUUUGAAUAUCAACAAUGUCCAAACCCGGUCAGUAUGCAUUGAUAAUAAAAAACAAACAGCUAUUUCAAAAAUGAAAAUGAUUAAGAGGGGUGGAUUGAAAAUGUCCAAGCUCCUGAAACCAUGUGCCGAGGAUUCCUUAUCAACGUCUGAGAUUAAUAUUGAUGUGCUGAAAGAGGCCAAACUGUUUUAUUUCAGCACCUUUUCCCUGCUUGACCCAAACAUGAGAUCAACUGCCCUUGGAGCCAUAAAGAUAUCAAAGCAGCUGGGGGGAAUUGUCUUUUAUGACCUCAACCUUCCUUUGCCACUCUGGAAAUCGUCCAGUGAAGAAACCAAGGCUUUUGUACAACAAGCUUGGGAACUUGCAGAUAUUAUCGAAGUCACAAAGCAGGAACUUGAAUUCCUGUGUCAGAUUGAUCCUGUUGAAAGGUUUGACACUAAAGAUAAUGACAAAACUAAGUUCACUCAUCAUUUGCCUGAAGUUAUUGCUCCGAUUUGGCAUGAAGGGUUGAAGGUCUUGUUUGUGACUAAUGGCACUUCAAAGAUACAUUAUUAUACUAAAGAGUUCAAUGGGGCUGUUCUUGGAAUGGAGGAUGCACCUCUCACCCCUUAUACUUGUGAUAUGUCUGCAUCUGGAGAUGGCAUUAUUGCAGGUUUAUUAAGAAUGCUGGCAGUUCAACCUGAGCUCAUCACAGACAAAGGCCACAUGGAAAGCACCAUAAAGUAUGCUAUUAACUGUGGAGUGAUUGACCAAUGGUUGCUGGCUCGGAAAUUAGGAUACCCUCCAAAAGAAGGUACCGAAAAUGACGUGGAACCGGAUGAUAAUGGCAUAAGGUCUAUAACAGAAAAAGAAUACAGAACAUAUGUACCUGUACAUUGAUUUGUCUAGAGGGUUCUGUUUUAUACUUGUUCUUUCUUUAAAGGUCUAUCCAAGUGUGGGAUAGAGGCCUGGCAACAGUUUGUAGAAAUUUUCUGCAACCAUUCUCGAAAUAGUAUAAAAUGCUGUUGUAUCAUGUGCAAGCAUUCUUUAUGUGAUUUACUAAAUGAAAUAAGACCUGGGAAUGUAACAAAAUCAGGAAUGAACUUUAUACCAAGAACAAUUCAAGUGUUUCU